CUUAACACUCAAAGCCUCACCCGAAUUUUCUCUAUUUAAAUUAAUCACCAUACACACCCAUUCUCACCACCUCCCUCUCUCCACCAUUAUGGCUGUCAAUAACGGGAAGCCACUGACAACCGCUGACAUUGUCAAGAUCACGGCGAAGACGACUGUACUGCCAAGCAAAACGUCUGAGAAGCAGGGGAGGGUGGCGUUGGCCACCUUCGACCUGCCGUAUAUCACUUUUUACUAUAACCAGAAGCUGCUGGUGUACAAGGGAGGGGUGGAGGAGUUUGGGGAUGUUGUGGGGAAGAUGAAGGAAGCGCUUUCGGCGGCGUUGGAUGAGUUUUAUCCGCUUUCAGGGCGGCUGCUGCAGGAAGAGGAAGGGGUGGUGGUGGUCGACUGUGAGAUGGGGAAGGGGGUGGAGGUAGUGGAGGCUGAGGCGGAGGGGUUGGAGGUGAAGGAGUUUGCGGAAGGAGAUGAACCGGAGGAGAUUAUGAAGAUGGUGGUGCCGUACACCGGAGUUAUGAAUCUCGAGGGGAUGACUCGGCCACUGCUCGCCGUUCAGUACACAAAACUGAAGGACGGAAUCGCCAUCGGCUGCGCCUUCAACCAUGCCAUCCUCGAUGGCAGCUCCACGUGGCACUUCCUGACUUCUUGGGCCGCCCUAGCCCGCGGGUCUCCCAUCCCCAACCCACCUCUCCACAACCGGGCCUUGGCCCGAUCCACCCGCGUACCCCUCACCCUCCCCAUCUCCCCUGCCGCCCACGAACUCUCCGACCCCAAUCCCGCUCCCGCCUCCCUUGUCACCCACCUCUUCUCCUUCCCCGAAUCCUCCCUCCUUGUCCUCAAAUCCGCCGCCAACUCCUCCAUCCCACCAACCGCCAAACCCUUCUCCACCUUCCAAUCCCUCGCUUCCCACGCCUGGCGCGCCAUCUCCCGCGCCCGCCGCCUUUCCCCCGGCGACAUUACCGUCUUCGCCGUCUUCACCGACUGCCGCAACCGCCUCCGCCCCCCGCUUCCGAACUCCUACUUCGGCAAUUUUAUUCAAGCGGUGUUCACCGGCACAGCGGUCGGCCCGCUGCUCGCCUCCCCGCCCGAAUUCGCGGCUGGGUUGCUGCAGAAGGCAAUUGAUGCGCACGAUGAGGCGGCCAUAGUGAAGCGGUUGGAGGAGUACGAGGCGGAGCCCAAGAUGUUCUAUUACACGGAUGCUGGAGUGAACUGUGUGGCGGUCGGAAGCUCGCCGAGGUUUAAGGUUUAUGAUGUCGAUUUCGGGUUUGGGAGGCCGGAGAGGGUGAGGAGCGGGAGGAAUAACAAGUUUGAUGGGAUGGUGUAUUUGUAUCCUGAGAGGGAUGGUGGGAAGGGCAUUGAUGUGGAGCUGACGCUGGACGGGAGGGCCAUGGAGAAUUUGGAGAAGGAUGGAGAGUUCCUGCUCGUCGGCCGAGGCUCGGCUGACUAAUCGUGCUGAUUCUGGGCGAUGGAGAUAUACAGAUUAAUAAUGUUGUUCUAAUCUAUUACAAAUUAUGUUGGUCUGAGGUAGUGUGUGGCCGUGUUACACAGCAUAGUAAUUGCAAAGUAAAACCCUUUGUAUCUUCAUAGUAUUAUUGGUAUUAUUUUAGUUGUUUAGGAUCAAAUCUACGAAUACGAAUACUAUCUUCCUUUGUUUAUUGCUU